AAUAGGCCUACUCUAUCAUACGUCUAACGUUUGACCUACUUUAUUUUCUCGUCUGGACUGCAGGAGAGAGGUCGACAUUUUGACACGGGAAAGAGAACGAGGUUUGAUUUCGAAGACGGAUAUCGCGUGGCCUGCAAGCGACAUUAUUUCUAUCUCGAAUUUGUUCGUUAUUCAAAAUGGCCGACAGGAAGCCAACUCUCGUUGUCCGACACGGCCAGCUUGAAGACAGACAGGCCGUUCUGGACAUAGACACAGAUAUAUAUGAAGGGCUGGACUACCUUUCUGCCAGAUACGAUGUCUUCUGCAAGGAUCCACGGAGAAUCAACUACAUUUUGGAAGCAGACGGGCUGCCGGUUGCCUAUUUCGUGGCCACCGUUGUUGAUGACGGUGAUGGUGCGAUCUUCCAAGCAGCCCGGACUCAUCCCGAACACCGACAGCUUGGCUAUUACAACUACCUGAAGAAGGCCGCGGCUGAAGAACUGAAGGUUCUUUACCCGAACAUGAAAGAGGUACUGUAUACCUCAGGCAGCACCAGCCCGAAUAACUCCGGUAUUUACAGCGUGGGUGGUGCAAGAAGGAUACUAACCGCCAAGCCAUUUAGACUGAUCAAUCUGACAGAAAUCGAGGAUCGUCUGAAGUUGAAGGCUGCUUUAGAGAAACAGGACGAUAGAAUCAGCAAUGUGCAGAAAAUAGAAUUCAGCAGAUUGAACGAAUUUCUCAAGAAAGAAGACUUCAGAAAACUUUCGUUUGAGGACAGGCUUCUGAUAGAAUGGGUCCCCUACAAGCUGGACAUACCAUCAAAUUUCUCCUUGUCAAACCGCUUCCCCGAGUUCUUUCUUGUCUCCCACGAUGAUCAGGGCUUGAUAGACGGUGUCAGUUUCCACAGUGUCUUUGAGGAUAAGGACUUAGAAAGACAUGACCUAGAGGCGUAUUGCGACUCUGAAGAUGCACUCUUGAAACACAGCGCUUCAUUUUUACAGAGUGUUCUAGAAAGCGCAACGCGUCGAAAUAUCUACUGCGUAACCUUGUGGCCUAAGAGCUUCGAUAACACUAGCUUCGAAGCUACAUCUGAGAAAACUUUCGACAUUGCGUAUUGUAAAGAGAGAUUGGAUGAUAUUCUUUACAUACCUCUCGUAGCUGACACGGGAUAUUUUCAGUAAAUCCAGUAUUGUUUUAAGAUUAUUCUUGUCAUGGUGGCGAGAAGAUGAAUAAUUUGUUUGUUUACAGUACAUGGAUGUAAUGAUUACAGAAUGCUUUGGAAAAUGCGGAUACAUUGUUCUCAACUGAACCUUCCAAGAGAGGGGUUUGAAAAGGCAGAUUUUUUCUCAUUGAAACAAUGGUCAGAGUUUGACGAGGGUGUUGAGAUUGAUACCGAGGGUUUAAAAUCUAGGAGUGUUGGCCAUCUUUAGAAAACCAAUGCAACAUCGAAUGAGAAAAUUUACGUUUAGGAAGGGUAAUAAAGUGUGAAGCUAUUUUAAGAGAGAUUCUGCUUCCGCUUUUUAAUGUUGCCGAGAACACUGCAGUGAUGUAUGAUAAAAAUCUACGGUUUUACACCUUCCAUACAUAUUGGAAUAUAAACAAAGGUUUUACUCGGCUCUGUUGAACUUGAAAAGGUGUGGAAGGAUUUAUUUUCGGAAAUGUUGCACUUCAUUCAUGUAAAAGGUAUUGUUAGAAAGAGCCCCUUCAAGCAUGACCAAACUAUAAUCAUUCGAUGACAUUGUCCGUACCCGAUUGCAUUCAUUACACCAUUUUGCACGUUAAAUGGCAGCUUAGACAAUUGAGGCCUAGCUCAAUACAAGGUCUAUUGUCUGUAAACAAAACCAGCUCGCACCUUGGUUUAAAUUCCCAUUGUUCUGCUGUCUUAUCAAAGAGUUAUCAGUGCUAAUCUUGAUGACAUCCACCUCACGAAAUUGAUUGGCCUUAAAGUGCCUAGCCACGAACCAAGGGCAAGUAAACAUUAUGUUUAAUUUUUCAAUGGCCUAAAGAUGAAAAAGUCUUUGUUAUAAGUCCUUCAGUGUCAUUAUUCCCGCGAAACUUAUUGACAUGGUCAGAAUAGUUCAUUGAAACUUUUUUUCGAAACCUCUGGGCUGGAAGAUCGAUUGACACGUUUUCUGUGUUCCCCCUGAAAAGUCAUGGUCUCCCCAGCUGUCGAUUGUAUGGAAAUACUUGAUUAUAGGGGACAACCUCAUAUGUUACACCAGCGCUCUUGACCAGCUGAAGCAGCAGUACGAUUCUAUUGUGGCCUUGACCUCUCGCCGAAAUCUCGGUAAAUCAAAAUCUCGUCACGCGAGAUGAUGUGAGAAUGAAACCACAUUUCAAUGAUAACCAAUACGUCGAACGAUUCUUUUUGUUGAGGAGUUAUAAGCGUUAAAUAAUUCUGACGAAAAGGAUUGUUUUUCGCCAAGGCAGAAAG